GUGACGGCUGGGUCCAUCCCCUCUGCUGUCCAAGAGCAGGCAGGCUCUAGUUUGACAUUCCCCACCCCCUCCAGCCCCCAGCGCUGGCAAUGCUCAGCUGUCGUCUGCGGUGACAGUUGAGUGGUUUAAUACAGGAACCACAGGUGAAAGAGGUCUGAGGUUCCAGGCGAGGUUGCGGCUCCACCCCAGUGGUCCCACCCCAGCAGGCAAGGGCGGGGCCGAGGAUGCCGCGUCCGGGUUUCAUUCUAGACUAGAGGGGCACAGAGCCCAGACUCAACUCUGUCCCACCUGCAUGCGGUGGCGACAUGGACGCCAGGAAGCGCGGGACCAGAAGCCGGAGAAGCCGGGACAGCCCGGUGCCCACGCCAUGCGUUCAGACACUGUGCUUCGACCCUCUGGUGCGACACUGCGUGGCCUGUGAGCUCCUCCGCACGCCGGACCCUCCUCCUCGGCACGCCUUCGGUCCCUCGGUCCCCCGCCCUCCAUCUGCAUCCCCUUCGCCAUCAGCGCCCGGGACAGCGCUGCAGCCGCAGGAGUCGGUGGGCAUGGGGCCGGGGUCUGACGCGACGCUGCCGCUGCCCGGGCUCCUCUUCGGCGCCCCCGCGCUCCUGGGACUGGUGCUGCUGGUGUUGCUGGUGGCCCUGGUGACCUGGAGGUGGUGGCAGCAGCGCAGGAUGGCCUCCCCGGACAUCCCAGACGGAGUCCAGGAAGAGUCCCUGGACAAUGUCUUCGUGUCCUUCUCAGAAACCCUUCACGCCUCCGCUCCCAUCUGGCCUACUCCCAAAGAAGAUGCAGACACCACCCUGCCAGGCCAUAGCAUCCCAGUGCCAGCCACGGAACUGGGCUCCACUGAGCUGGUGACCACCAAGACAGCCGGCCCUGAGGAAUAGCAGCCGUGGAGGGAACCGAGGGAGCCCUGUGGAGUUUUUGGACUCUCACCCAAGGGCUUGGAAAAGGAGUUCAGCUCUUCAGGGACGGAGCCCAUUGCCUAGAGGGAACCCAGCGGAACCACAGACACUACAAGCCACGGGCUCCCACCAGCAUGAGACUGUUUCUGUGCUAGCCUUUGGCUCGAGAACAUUCCAUUUUUGAGGUUGUUUUUUAAGCUCUUAUGCCUUCAGUGGUUGGGUAGGCUUGAGUGUUGGAUGUUAAUCUCUUUGAAGAGGUAGAGACUGGACAUUUGAUCUCUUUCUACAAAAUCUGGGUGGUGGACUGGAGAAAUGGGUCAGCAGUUACGUUCAUGAACUGUUCUUGUGGAAAUGUCUGGCAGCUCACAACCAUCUGUAACUUCUGUCUUCGAGAGAUCCAAAGCCUCUUGCCUCCAAAGGUACCAACCUCAUUUGCUUGCACAUGUACGUACACACACACACACACACACACACACACAUACACACACACACACACACACACACACACACACACACACACACACACACACACAAUUUAAAAUGUUAAAAAUAGGGGCUAGAAAGAUGCCUCAGUGGUUAAGAGUGCUUACUGCUGUUCCAGAGGACCAGAGUUUAAUUCCCAGCAUGCACUUCAGGUGACUCAUUACCGACUUUAACUCUUGCUUCCGGGGAUCAGAUGCCUCUGGACUCCAUGGGCAUCUUCAUUCCCAUGUACAGACCCCCACACACACUUACAAAUUACAAAAUACAGGCUGGGUGUGCUGGCCCAUGCCUUUAAUCCUAGCACUGAGGAGGCAGAAGCAGGCGGAUCUCUGUGAGUUGGAGACCAGCCUGGUCUACAGAGGAAGUUCCAGGCUAGCCAGAGCUAUAUAGUGAGACCAAGUCUCAAAAUAAUAGUAAUAAAAUCUUUUUUAAAUUUUGAUAUUUUUCCUCUAAUUAUUGUUAUUUUUAGAUAAUUAAUCUCAUUCUGGUGUUUAGAAGUGGUAUGCUUGGAAGGUCAGGGAAAGUCACCAGGACGAAGCAGUAAGUAGCAACGAGCACGCCUUCUCUCUGGCCCUGUGAUUACUGUGCCCACUCUGGGCUCUGCCAGCAAGAGGGGCUAUCAUCAGAUGUGAGCCUUCAGGACUGUGAGCUAAGUCAACCUUAUUUCUUUGUAAAGUUAUUUAGCCUUAGCGUUUUGUUACAGUACUAUAAAACAGACUGAUGCAGGCACUGUGAGCAAGAGCCUUUCCUGGUAGCAGGGAAGGUGCCAUUAUGAACAGAAUUAAUCUGAAUAAAGGCCGGCCGGCGGGAAGAUGCUCAGCCUGUA